AUGCGGCUCAUCUUGAGUAUUUUGUAUACGUUCUUGUUGCUGGGGACGAUCGCCUCGGCUUGGCCCUGGUCCAACUAUGGACAGGUAUUCGGAGGUGGCAUGUUGGAAAGACGCGCAGACGAGACAACUACUGCAUCAACAUCCGAACAAACCACCACAGUCGCUUCUAAAACCACUUCCACGUCCUCCUCCAGUGGGACCAACACCAACUCAGACACUAGCACCGCCAGUGACGGUACAAGCUCUGGGUCCACCACCUCCGGGUCCACCACCACUGGUACAUCCAAAAAUACCAAGACAACGGCAUCUAGCAACACCACCACAUCCUCGGUCUCGAUUAACGCCGCUGCUGGUGAAGGUGGUAUCUCCAUGCUCACCCCGGACUCAACUUCGACCACCUACUACAAGAUCGGCCAGAACAUCACCUUUGUCUGGAACUACACAUCUGUCACCGUCUCCCCUACUGCCGUGGACGUCGUGGCAUCCUGCAGUUUGAACAGUGUUACCUAUACCCUGACCAAGAACAUGAGCAUGGAAGCCACUGGAACCGCCAUUUGGGAUACCGGCGAUUACGAGAAGACCGCCACCAUCCCGCUGCUCACAGCAAGCUACACGCUCUUCGUCUAUGACUCCGACAAGUCUCUCACCGACACUGCCAGUGCUGGCUACCUCGGCUCAGAUACCGGAUAUUCUUUUGGAAUGUACUUCCCUCAAUCUGCCACACCACUUAACGGAUACUUCUGUGUCACUUGUAACAGUGCUAUCUCCGACAUUCGCAGCCAAGGCCUCAAAUUCGCCGUCGGCAUGGCCAUGAUCACAGUCUUCUCCUUCACGUGGUUUGCGGGCAACUUUGGCUUCUUGGCCUUCUAA